AUGGUUAAGCUGGAGUCAACUUCUAAUGCCAUUUGGUGGAUUAAAAACCCCAAAGCCGGCAAAAAUAAUAAGUCUAAAGGACUGCGAAAAACAUCCUUAGGUUCGGCUUUUUGUUUAGAUAUGGCAGAUCUACUGAGGAAUAUUUCCCUGCAGGGAUACAAUAAGCUUUUAUCGCCCGACUUAACUUUGGGACAAAGAAUGAUUUGGUUGCUGCUACAUAUGACCACUACUGUCUCCUUGGUAGUAGUCCUAUCGCUUACCUGGGAGCAGUUUGUUGCCCAAUCAUUUGUGACCAACCUGAAAGAUCCCCUGUAUCCGGUAGAGAAUGUGCCAUUUCCGGCUGUUUCCAUUUGUCCCAACAAUCGCAUCUCUCGGCAGGCAGUCAUCAGAUAUGCUGAAGAACUGAGAUUCAAUAGUCCCGUGGUUCGUCCAGUGGAAUACUUUCUGGAGCGCCUAAGUUACUUCCGAGAGCUCUACAUUCACGUGGGCGUUGUGGUGGACACCGAUGAUUUUAUUACUUUUCAGACCUUUCUAGAUGUCUUUGGCACCUGGAACAAUGAGACCUUCUUCGACACUCGUCGCAUAAUGAAAAUGCUGACGCCCAGUUGUCAAGAAUUCGUGCUGAAGUGUACCCUAGCAAAUGUAGAGAUACCCUGCUUCAGUAAGGACGCGUUUCAGGAGAGUCUCACCAUGUACGGACCCUGCUGUACCUUCAACAUGGAAAAUAAAUUAAAGAAACGCCAUUUUAAGAAUCGUCUGGCAAGUCCGGAACUGGGCCUUACAGUAGUACUCAACGACAGCCACUCGGACUACUUUGCCCCCAUCCUGAAUACCAAUGGCUAUAUUGUCCUGAUUCAUAAUGCUGAGAACUAUGCCUCGGUUAGCUCUUCGAAUGCACUGGAAAUGUUUCCAGGUCAGGGAGAGGAUAGCUACUUAUCGGUCUACGCUCGAGUAGUGGACACUGAUGAUAGUUUGAAAUCAUUUUCCCCUUUUAGUCGGCGCUGUUACUUUGACUACGAGGCACAGACUCCUAACCAUGAGCAGCUAAUGAAGACGUAUAGCUACAGCUACAGCUUUCCGAACUGCAUCACCAGGUGCCGAAUCCGCAGUAUUAUAGCACUAUGCCGGUGUCUGCCUUUUCAAAUGCCCCUCCAGUUGGUGGAGAACCUCGAUGGCGUUGUCUACUGUACCUUGGGACACGUUUCCUGUCUCAAUCAGUACAUGUUCAAGUGGCGGAAUGUGAUGACGGAGAGGCAUAUAAUUCUUGGUUUGGAGAGAGAAAUUGAGGAGGCAUUGUAUUGUCCACAGUGUCUACCAUCCUGCAGCGAUGUGCAGUACCGAGUGUCCAUGAGUGCUCUGCCCAUAGACAAUUAUUUGGCCUCUUUGAAGGUCGAUGAGAACAACCAGACUCAAUUUAGCACGGAUAUCUCAGUUUUGAGGGUUUACUUCGCCGAUCCGCAUGCCCAGUAUUAUAUCCGAUUGCUAAAUAAUGCCUGGUUCGAGGUGUUCAGUACCAUUGGCAACAUAAUGUCUAUCUUUGUGGGCUUCUCCAUGGUGGCCAUAUUCGAAAUUCUCUUCUUUCUGACCAAAUACAUAUAUGAGGGCUGUCAUCGCAUGGUGGAACAGAAUAUAAUCGACCGAAAGGCCAAUCAGUUGGAAAACAAGAAGUUGUAUAUAUGCCCAUAA